AAAUCUGAUCUAUCCCCCAAUUCGGAUAAGAGAAGAAUCUAGAAACCACAAUCCCAUUGGACCUCGUUUCUCCAACGUGGCUUUUUCCAAACGCUAAAUUGCUACUCCCACAAUCAGAGCCACGUUCUCCAUCUCUGCCACUGCCAUAACUCACUCACUAGCUUCUUCUCUGUUCUCACCAAUGGCAUCAACAAUAUCAGCAAUGGCCAUGAUCAACGCCAAAUGCGUCAACCCAAAGUUCCCCAAUCCCACCAAGCUCGCACCAUCAAAACCCUCCCUUCAGAUCAACCUUCCAAAGGGCCUCAUAGCCUCACCCGAAAGCACUAAACUUUCCCCCGCGACAGCAAUCGCAGGAGCAAUAUUCACAACCCUCGGAACCUGCGACGCCGCAUUCGCUGUUCAACAAAUAGCCGACAUAGCAGAAGGCGACAACCGCGGACUGGCACUGUUGCUGCCCAUAAUCCCAGCAAUAGGGUGGGUUCUGUUCAACAUUCUGCAGCCGGCGCUGAACCAGCUGAACCGAAUGCGCAGCACCAAAGGCGUGAUCAUUGGCUUGGGGCUUGGCGGCUUGGCUGGGUUGGCGGCUGCGCCGCAUGCGUGGGCGGCGGCUUCUGAAGCUGCGGCUGCUGCGAGCGACAACAGGGGACAGCUUCUGCUGUUUGUGGUUACGCCGGCUAUUGCUUGGGUGCUUUACAACAUCUUGCAGCCUGCUCUCAACCAGCUCAACAGGAUGAGAUCACAGUGAUUUGAGCUUUGUGAAAUUUAAAAUAGGGAAGGGGCUUAAAUGCUCUGGGAUAUCAAUUAUCAUCAUCACUAAUAGUUUUCAUGCAACUUGUAUCUAAUGCUAUAUCCGCUUUCUUUUUAUUAUUUUCCAUUCCCAAGCUAGCCAGUGGUUUCUUUUUUGUUGCAACUGUUGUGGGUACCUUCCCUUUUGCGAUUUAUAGAUCUGAUUGAUUCAGUUCAAGUUUGUACUUUCUUUCUGUUUGUUGAAUCUACAAUUAGGCUCCAUGCAGUUUUGAAAGGUU